UCCCAUACACCUUAUAUCCAAAGAAAAACCCAUCAUAGACUUUCUUCAGUACUGUCGAACCCAGUUAACACUUGACAGCAUCUCCCCUUUAAUUUUUGGAGAGUGAAAGAAAAAAUUUGAGUUAUUCAGUUGCUUAAUCAAAUUGGGUCUCUCCUAUUCCUAUAUGUCAACCUAAAAUGAAGGUGAAAGUAGUGUGCAGGAAAGUCUAUGACUACAUCCGAUACGAUCUCAAAGAAAUAGCUUUCCCUUCUUCAUUGCCUGAUCCUCCCCACAUCAAAAAGCGCCGCAAAUUGACUUGGCACGAGCGUUUUUUGGUCUUAAAGGAGGCCUCUAGGCUUUAUGCUGCGAGCUGGGUAAGGGAUAUUGGUCCUGACCUUAGACCAAAUGAUUAUAAGAAGGAUGAAGAGAGUGAAGGUAAACCUAGUGGAGAUAAGAGCAGGACUAAAGAGGCAGAACCUUCUACAUUGGAAGAUAUUGCGGUUGCUGCAAGAGGAGGGAUGGAGACUUUGAAGCCUGUUUUACAGAGGUUAUACAUGACUAGGGCUUCUGCAUAUAGAGAUGCUCUCAAGAGUUUUAUAGAAGGAUAUCAAGAAGGUAUCCAGCAGGUCAUGGAGAAAAAGGAAGAUUCUAAAGCCCAACAAGAAGGCAAGACACAGAAAACUUCAACUUGACUACUGAUGAGUGCAUAAAAGGCAAUUCAUGUGAGCACUUCUCCAGCAUACCGAUUGUUGAUACAGGUUUAGAGGUUUGACGGACCUGGUUGUCAUGAAAUCACAAGCGUGAUCCAUAUCCCAAGGAUUUUCCUGUAUUUUGAAAGUAAACUUUAAAAACUAUGAAUAUGAUAAGAAUCUCCGAUCGUAGUGCUGAGGCUUUUUUUUUUCUUCUGAUUGAGGCUAAACAAAUUUGAAGGCAGGAUUUUUGGUAUUUCGUGCAUGUAAGUUUUUGGCUUAGUUCAGUUCUCUACAGUCUUGUGCUUGCAGAAAUGUAAAGGAACCAUUAUGCCUUAUCUCUUUGUUAAGUGCAACCCAAGAAUUCCUGGAUAGCUGCUGCCAACUGCUUAAAAGAGGCAGUUUGCAUACAAUACUUGAUUUAGGCUUUUUGGCUUUUGCAUUAACGGACCAAUUUUGAAUGAGCUGCUCUCACACUCACACUAAAGAAACCAGAUGUGUCUUGAUUGUGAAAGAAGAAGUGUUGAUCUAGUCUUAUUGCAAGCCAUAUUAAUUAACCAAGGCUCUUUUCUAUUGAUGUUUUUACUAUUUAGUUUUAGUAUUUUUUUUGGCCUCUUGCUUUUUAUUCAUUUAUUGCAAAAGUAGCCCAAAAAAAAAGCAAAAGCAUUAACCAAAAGAAGCCUAAGAACGGCCUUAGAAUAAAAGUUUGUAUUUUACUAUUAUGAGCUUAUUUGUCUUUUUGUUGGAAUGAGAGUGGGACAUUGUUUCUUCAUGUGAAUUGAUAGCUGGGUUGCGGUUUUGCUCCUUUCACCUGGGGAUCUUUUAUGGCCUCUCCAAGGGAUUCUUAGGAAUCUGCUGGGCUGAAAUAUUCAGUGUACAAUAUGUUUAAUAUUCAAGUAGAUACUGUCGGACUCUGCUUUUAGCUUUUCAGGAAAGGCUUGUAUGUGGAAAACAGUGUUUGUGUCAAAUUUGCAGUAGCAAAUGUCUGAAGUACAUUGCAUAGAGUAGAGAGGGAAGAGAGGUUUGAAAAUGACUUGCACAAUAUAAAUGGCUGAAUGGAAAUGGGGGCUCCAGAAUUAGAGGUUGGUGCAGAGUUGAAAUUCCAGUUAAGCUUGCACUAAUAAUAGGGUGGAACAUAACUGUGAGAUACCAGUUGUUCUUAAUACCUGUGCAAGAAAUCUGUUACUCUGUCAAAUGAUACCGUUGGUGGGGCUAUUGUACACAAGUCAUCCCCGAGUGAAUUGUCUUGCUUUGAACCUUCCAAGCACAUGGGUUUUGCUUUUAAGUGUUCAGCAGCAAGAUUUUAUGAGAUUCAUCCGGAAAGUUAUCUGUUUCCUCUGCAAUUCAGGGAUGGUACUUCAUUGGCUUCAAGAUUAAUUUUGCUUGCAGGUCGUGGACAUUCUGGUGCUUGAAAACUUUUCUUUUAAAGAUACGCUUCUGAUGGUUCUAAUAUUUUUAAGAUAUGUAAUUUCCAACACACAAUCGUUUUUUCAUUGAAAUUCUUAAAAUUCUAAACUUACAAUUACUACAAACUCUAGUCACCUCUUGAUAUUUUAAUGCUGUCUGUUGCUUGCAAUACAAUUUAUUUGGUUUUGUUGCUCAGGGGCUUUAAGUAAGAAAAAAUUAGCUCAUUUUUCUGUGGCAGAUGUUAAGAGUUUUGAAGCUGAGGGUAACCUAGCUUCCAAAAGCAUAAGGUCUGACAAAGAGGAAAAGCUAAGUGGGACAAAGAAAUAUUCUCAUGUUCUUACUAUAUUUAUACUGUAUUUAGCCAUGCAUGAUUGAAUUAUUCUUGUUGGACAAACCCAUUAUACAGGAGGAGUCCCUUCAAUCAUUUGAUUGACCACCACCCUGAGGCCAAUGAUAACAAUAUCUAAUGAUCCUUCAACUUGCAGAGCCACUAAAACUUUGGAGGCCAUUUUCAAUGGAGGCAAUGGGUAACUCUCUUGUCUGAAUCCUUAUGGGGGCCUGAUCAUCAAUUGACACUUUAUCUUAUUAGAAACAUAACGAAUGUAAAGAUAACUGUGUAUCUUGUCACCAAAUCCAUUCGCCGGCAUUAAUAUCUCUUAGUUAACCUGGAAGGUCUUUCAAACAUGUGCGUGCAAGCUAGAACCCUGUAGCCAUUAUUCCAUACGCAUUGAUGUGUGGUCAAAGCUUCAUUUUAGUACUUAGGUCAAAAGCUUUGUCUAAUUACUGCGUUGUAUGCUUAAUCAAAACCAUUCAUUCAAGGGUCACACAUCAAUUUUUGUCACUGGAAUGCCUACUGUUGUGCUUAAUGGUUUUAAUCAUAACUGAAAACUAUACUUAUCCAUCAGCUUGCUUUGAGCUGUUUGUAUGAUUUCAUGAUUAAGAACAUUCAUUAAAUUGAAUGUUUUUGA